GAGUCUGAGCUCUGACUUCUGACGUGGACGUCUGUCGUCAAGCUGAAUCUGACUUGCUGGCUGCUGCGUGACUUGAUUGCAUGUAUAGUUUGGCUAAGUUUUGCCGGCGCCGGUUCUGUGAAUAGUCUAGCACCACUAGCCAACUCAGAAACACUUUGUUUCUAUAUUCAACUUACUUUUAUCAAAAAUUACUAGAAAAAAAACUAAAUUAAUUUUAAUCAUGGGAAUUCUUGUGAUGGCACUUGGCCUUCUCCUAGUUGCUAAUACGGCCUGGUCUGCCGAUGCUCCUAAAGGACCCAAGGUGACCCACCAGGUUAAGUUUGAUAUCAGUAUAGGGAAUGACCCUGUGGGUACUGUUGUCAUUGGGUUAUUCGGUAAAACAGUUCCCAAGACUGUUGAGAACUUCUACCAGCUUGCACAAAAACCUGAGGGUGAAGGUUACAAGGGUAGCAAAUUCCACAGAGUCAUUGACAACUUUAUGAUCCAAGGAGGUGACUUUACUAAAGGAGAUGGAACAGGAGGUCGUAGCAUUUAUGGUGAACGCUUUGAAGAUGAAAACUUCAAGUUGAGCCACUAUGGUGCUGGUUGGUUGUCUAUGGCUAAUGCCGGAAAGGAUACUAAUGGUUCCCAGUUCUUCAUCACUACAGCUAAGACCCCAUGGUUAGAUGGCAGACAUGUUGUCUUUGGCAAAGUACUUGAAGGCAUGGAUGUUGUUCGUAAGAUUGAGAAGACAGUCACUGGUACUAAUGACCGACCAGUCAAGGAUGUUGUCAUAACCAAUACUCAUGCUGAAAUCAUUUCUGAACCUUUCAGUGUAACAAAAGAUAGUGCUAAGUAAUAGUAAUUAAGAUAUUAAAUUUUAAAGAUAAGAAAAAUCAUUAAAAAAUAUUUUUUUGCAUUUAACUUUACUUCUUAUGAAAAA